UUCCACUUUGCAAGCAGACAAACAGUAAUAACAAAUCAUCUGUUGUAGUAAACAAACUGUUGUGAAAAUUUCCAAAAUGUUAACUUCUAUGGUUAAAGAAUAUCAAGUUAAACAAGCCAAGCGAAAACAGGAGCAAGAAAUACGACGCAAAGACGUUAUUGAAUCAUCAAAUGAGUUAACACAGGCCAUUGUAGACCACUUAAAUGUUGGUGUGGCACAAGCAUAUUUGAAUCAAAAACGUUUGGAUGCCGAGGCAAAACAGUUGCACGUCGGCGCUACCAACUUUGCCAAACAGACGCAGCAGUGGCUGCAAUUGAUUGAUAAUUUCAGUAGUGCAUUGAAGGAGCUGGGUGAUGUUGAGAAUUGGGCACGUAGCAUAGAAAGUGAUAUGCAAGUCAUACAAAAUACACUGGAGAUAGCGUAUAAGACCUCCAGACAAGCACAACAACAUAAUGCUAGCAAAUAACUGUGACUAUUAUUUACAGUUAUACAUUCUGAAAUAUUUCCAAUUACGAUUUCAAAUUUUUCCCUGUAGAUUAUACAUACAGAAAUCAAAAUUCAUUUGCCAUUGAUUUUUUUCGUUUAUUCCAUUUGUAUUAGUAAAUAUUAAAACUAAUUAAAAUUACAAGUAAACCAAA